AAUUUGCCACCAAUUCGAAACAAGGCUUUUAAGAAAAAGAAGAAAAGCAAAAGUAAAGUCCCUUCAAAGAUAACCACGGAGGAAAACAAGAAAAACAAGAUCAAGUCUUAUGAUUAUGAAGCAUGGGGAAAACUUGAUGUGGAUAAAAUACUUGAAGAACUUGAUAAAGAAGAUAGUACUCAUGAUUCUGUAUCUCCAGAAUCGGACUCUGAAGAAGAUGGAAUUCGUAUAGAUGCAGCAAAGGCUCUUGCAGAGAAGGAAAAGGGUAAUAACUACUUUAAACAAGGGAAUUUUGAUGAAGCUAUAAAAUGCUACACUAGAGGGAUGCAUUCUGAUCCAUACAAUCCAGUAUUGCCCACAAACAGAGCAUCAGCUUUUUAUAGAAUGAAAAAGUUUUCUGUUGCAGAAUCUGACUGCAAUUUAGCACUUGCAUUAGAUAAAAAUUACACCAAGGCUUAUGCCAGAAGAGGGGCUGCUCGCUUCGCUUUGAAAAAUCUUCAAGGUGCUAAAGAAGAUUAUGAAAAAGUUUUAGAGCUGGAUGCAAACAACUUUGAAGCAAAAAAUGAACUGAAGAAAAUUGAGCAGGCUCUGUCAUCAAAAAGUUCAGAACAGAAAGAGUUUGAAGAUGUGGCCAGACCAGAAUUAACAGAUGAGGAGAAGAAGCGUAUUGAAGACCAGCAGCUCAAGCAGAAGGCUAUUACAGAAAAAGAUCUGGGUAAUGGUUACUUCAAAGAAGGAAAGUACGAGGCUGCAGUAGAGUGUUAUACCCGCGGCAUUGCAGCAGAUGGCACCAAUGCGCUUCUGCCGGCCAACAGAGCCAUGGCCUACCUAAAGAUGGACAAAUAUGAAGAGGCAGAGAAUGACUGUACGCAAGCUCUGCUAUUAGAUGCCUCCUAUUCUAAAGCCUUUGCCAGAAGAGGAGCUGCCAGAGUUGCUCUUGGAAAGCUAAAAGAAGCUGUGGAAGAUUUUGAAGCUGUUCUGAAGCUGGAACCUGGAAAUAAACAAGCAAUAAAUGAACUCACUAAAAUAAGAAAUGAAUUAGCUGAGAAAGAACAGUGGACUCAUCAAGAAUAUCCUGCAGUUUUGAUAAAAGAAAAUGAAAUCAAAAAUAUAGUGAAAGUGAUUGAAAAUCCUUUACACCUGAAAUCUAUGAAGCCUUUGCAAAGGAUAGCCAUUGAAGAAGUCGAUGAUGACACACCAAAUAAUGAUUUGCCCAGCACUGCUUCUUUAGUCAAUAACUGGAGGAAUUCAAUGAAUGUUAAAACAACAGAGAAUCUAGAUCAAGAUGAUCAGUCGACUACAAUGGACAUUCCAAAAGCAAAGCACUUGAAAAUAGAAGAAAUCAGUGAUACAUCACCACUACAGCUUCCUGCCA